ACAUGCGGUGAAACAGGCAACCAAAGACACAUCCCAAUCUAGGCCAUGAUUUAUAAAUUAUAUAGGAUUUAUCACACACAGAGUUAACGACCGACAUCAAGGAUGUUUAGUCUUGUUAGGCUAACCUAACUCAGGGCCUACUUUUCAAACUGCACUAAGGGAAAUUUCCGAAACGUAUAUUAUAAUUAGGGAAAGAUCCAACAUUAUCUUUUUAAAAAAUUAGCCCAAUUUACUUUCUAGAGUUGCAUUUCGCAUUGUGAUUUGUAAAAAAAUUCAACCGUCUUUUUCCUAAUAUUGUCAGUGGAACAAACCCAGUAGACUUAAAACUAGUCUUUGGCACAAUGUGUGAUUCUCAAAGAUUUGAAGUAAUUGAAGAAAUGGACUUUCUGCUGGAAGAUGAUAUUGCCAGCUUUGUGGAUAUAUCUACAUCUAAAGUUCUGCCACCAGAAGACCAGCUGAAUCCUUGUGGAACUCUCUUGAAAGGAAUCAUUGUCUCAGAAAGUGAACAGCUGAUGGAAGUACAUGGUGACCAAGUCAUAGACUCUCUACCUUACGAAUAUGAUGCAUGGCAAAAAGAUGGCUUGAUGACUCCAUUUCUGAAAACUGAUAGCAUUAAAAAUAAACUUCACAGCGCGAUUUUAUCCAGGUGUAAAGCAGAGGGUAAGAAACUAACCCUUGACCAACGAAGAGCAAAUAAAGUAGAAGAAAAGCUUAGACCUGACGAGGAAGAAAAAAAGCAAGCUAGAAAAGAACGCAAUAAACUUUCUGCUAAAAAGAGUAGAGAUAUAAAGAAAGCUUUUUAUGAUGACAUUAAGAAGGCUCAUAAGAGACUUCUGGAUGAAAACAAGCGGAUGAAAGAAACAAAUAAAUGGCUAAAAAGGCAAUCAUCAAAGCUAGAAAAAAUAGUGAUGGAUCAUGAUUUAGUUUGUAAAGUUGCUGAAGAUGAUCUGUACAAGCCAAAAUAUCAACCAGAUUUUAGCAAUGAUUGCUUUAAGACUAAAUACAGUGUUCAAGAAGGUUAUGACAGCAUGCGUGAUGACAACUGUCUGACCCAAGGUUCAGAUGACGAACUGCAUGAAGUGGUUAACCAAAGUUUUGCCUUGUUUACUGACAUUUAUGGGAAAAAAGUUGUGUAUGCUGACUUUGAACUUUCACAGACAGACACUGCACUGGAUUGUGAUUUAGAAACUAAUUUAACUCUAAGAGACAUAUCAGAGAUGGAUCCACUAGUUGACCAAAAUCAUUCUGUGCUGUCAGAGGAUGCUGGCAUUCCUAGGGAAAUCUCCACAAGCCUGUGUGCUGAUUAUAUUGACUAUCUGGAUAACCCUGUGCCAUUGGAGCCGGCAAUGGAUAACCCUGUGCCAUUGGAGCCGGCAGUCUGUCCACAUGACAUCUCUAUAAACUUGGAUGGCCCAGACCUCUCAAACAAACACACAAGCAAACAAAUACUGCCAGCCCUGCCUCACACAGAGCACACUGCCCAAAUUUUUUCCUUAUCACAAACUGAUGCCGCCAGCUCCUUCAAUUUGAAGUGGGACCCAGUUAUUCUAGUUAGACCAAGAACUUUAUCCAGUUUUGGCUCUAAAUCACUUUCCACAACCAGUUCUAAUGAUGAGGUCCAAUCAUUCCCACCAACCAGUUUUGAGGCUGAAGUGAAAUUACAUUCCCAAAGUAGAUAUGACACUCUGACAAAACCACCCCCUGAGACCAGUCUUGGGGGCGCUGUGGAUGAUCCUGUAAUUGUCUUUAGACGACGAGCACCAAUCAAGUCAGACGCAGUGGUUGAUCCUGUAAUUGUCUUUAGACCACACACCCCAAUCAAGUCAGCCACUGACAUCAGUGCCUGGUCUGUAGGAGAUAGAGAAUCAUCAGAAGAUAUUGAAGAGCUGACUUCAAUAUUUAGAUCCUUGGACUAUGGACCUCCACCAGAAAAGAAAAGUAAAUUCUAGCUUUAUUUUCUAAUCACACAUCUCAGUCAGAAGUCAUGCAACAUGUGGCACAGGACUGUUGUAAAAUUGCUACAAACAAGAAUGUACUGGUUGGCUAUACUUGGAGCUCCCAAUCCACUGAGUAUUUUGUUGAAAACCAUCAGUCUACUGUACUGGUUGUUUGUUAUUUUAUUCCAGCCACCAUUUGUAUCCCCCCCCCCCUUCCCCCAUCAUUUCACAUGUUUACAUUUAAUGAUGUAAGUAGCAUAUAACACUUCCUUGUUAUAUAAUGUUAUAUCAACCGCAUUACAAAUAUCUUUUUUUAAUGAAGCUUGUAAAUGUUUUCUUGGACUGAUCAGUUCAAUGCUAGGUACCUAUCUGUAGUUGAAGAUUUGCUAGAAGUUGAUCAGUUCAAUGCUAGGUACCUAUCUGUAAGUAGUUAAAGAUUUGCUAGAAGUUGAUCAGUUCAAUGCUAGGUACCUAUCUGUAGUUGAAGGUUUGCUAGAAGUUGAUCAUUUCAAUGCUAGGUACCUAUCUGUAAGUAGUUAAAGAUUUGCUAGAUCUAGUCAUGCUGUUGUAAAAUAAAAUGUGUACAUGUCAAAAUUAUAUUAUUUGAGACAAAUUGUAAAUAUUGAAUUUUUCCUGUACAUAUAGAUAGACAAUGAAAUAUGUGUAGUCCUAUGUUUUGUAUGCAUUUGUUUUGUUAUUUUGUACUUGUAUCCAGAACUAAUGAAUUGAAAAUAAAGA